AUGACAAUAAGCCUCCUGUUAGCACGGCUUGGGCUUUGUAAAGAAAAGGAACAGGUAGAAUAUCAGCCUAUUAUCAUAACAAUAAUGAAUCUAAAUGAUAACUCUCCGGUGUUCAGUCAAACAGUUUUCAGCUUUACAAUUCCAGAGGAUGAAAGAGUGAACACCACCCUUGGUGCUGCAAUUGAAGCAAAGGAUGCUGACAAUGAAGUCUUGAUUUAUGAACUGACUGGGCCAGACCUGAAUGCAGUGGAUUACUUCAGGUUGGCUUCUCAAAGUAACCCUACAAUUCUAGUGAACAAGCGCCUAGACUAUGACGUUUACCAACACAUACAGCUGAUACUUACAGUGCGGGAUACACAAACUGCUGGAGCACCUGGAAGCCAUACAGCAACUGCCACCAUAAAUAUUACCAUUAAAGAUUCAGACGAUAAACCUCCACAAUUUCUGCCCUGUACAGACUAUGGAAACAAAGUUUGCAUCAGCGAUGGUUAUAGAGGAGAAAUUAACCGUACUGAACAAGUGACUGGGCCCCUGCACUUAACUCCAGGUCCUUUAUAUGCUGUGGAUGGAGAUGUGGGUAUUAAUGCAAUGAUAAUGUACAGAAUUAUUGGUGGAAAUGUUGAUAAUAUAUUUGCAGUGGAUGCUUCUAAUGGAAACAUAACAAUGACAAAGGCUGCAGAUAAUCUCGGGACAAUAAUCCUGCAGGUUAUGGCUUACCAGAAUAAUGAUAAUACCAAAUAUGCAUUAACAACAGUACAAAUUCAUGUGAAGGAGAGAAAUGAACAUCCACCAAUUUUUACCAGCAACUUUUAUGAGGGUGAUUCGUUUGUUAACGCUCCUGUUGACGCUUUCAUAAACGAGUUUGGCAGCUCAGGCAAACCACUCCGUGUAUUUGCUAAAGAUGAUGAUUUUGACGAUACAGUCAACCCAGCUGUCACAUACAGGAUUCAGAAUAGUAGCGACUUUAGAAUCUCUCGGGAAGGAUAUAUCUUUACUAAUGCAGUUAUCAACUCUCCAACUACCAUAGUGUUUGCGGUGUCAGCAACAGAUACCUCAACUGGAGAAGUGGCCACAACUUUGGUCAAUGUGAAUAUCACCCCAGGUCUAUCAACAACUCCUGGAACAGGUACUACUAAAAGCACAACUCCAGGAACUGGAACCACAAUAACCAGCACUUCUGGAACAGGUACUACUACAAGAACAACCCCAGGGACAGGCACCACAACCACCAACACUCCUGGGACAGGUACUACUACAAGAACAACCCCAGGGACAGGCACCACAACCCCCACCACUCCUGGAACAGGUACUACUACAAGAACAACCCCAGGGACAGGCACCACAACCCCCACCACUCCUGGAACAGGUACUACUACAAGAACAACCCCAGGGACAGGCACCACAACCACCACCACUCCUGGGACAGGUACUACUACAAGUAAAAUCCCAGGGACAGGCACCACAGCAAACACUACUCCUGGAACAGGUACUACUACAAGAACAACCCCAGGGACAGGCACCACAACCAGCACCACUCCUGGAACAGGUACUACUAGAAGUACAACCCCAGGAACAGGCACCACAGCAAACAUCACUCCUGGGACAGGUACAACUAAAAGCACAACCCCAGGGACAGGUACCACACAAACCAACACUCCUGGGACAGGAACAACUAUAAGUGUUGGUGGGCCACAGUCAAACAAGAUUUACACCACUGGGGAUAUGGCUGCAUUAGGGGCCUCCUUGGGAGCAGUUUUGGCUGUAUGCUUAGCUGGCCUUGGAUUCCUAAUUUACAAGCUCCACGGAGAUAGUAUAAGACGACGUCUAGGAAAAAGUUUAAAAAAUGAUUCUGGAGGUUCAAAUGAUCGACUUCAACACCUCAUUGAUGAUGAGUUGGGAGAGGACCGUAGUCAAGGCCCAAAUACAGAUUCUCCCAACAAUGGGAACUAUGAUACGAUCAAUCCAAUUAAUGAAGAGCCACUAGGAAGUCCAUCCUCUAGUUCAGGGGCAGCUGUAGCCAGUCUCCAGUCAACAGAUCCUCCUCGUUCUGAGGCACCAGGAGACGCUCUUGACCCAGACGACAAAAAGGAAGUAAAGUCCAUCCUUACAAAGGAGUUCAAGGGAGAUGCAGGAUAUAAAUCAGUGUGGUUCAUGGAGAACUCAGAACCAGAAGUUGUACUUAUUGAAGGAGCUGAGGAAGGCGAAGUAGAUGAUUUUGAAGACAAUGGAUAUAAUAAUAGAGAAGAUGAUGAUGAUGAAGAUGAAGAUGAUAUUGGUGUUAACCCCAACUUUACAAUGCUCUAA